AUGCUUCUGAACGCUAAGGCUGACCCCAACACACAAGACAACGAGAAGAAGACUCCCCUGCACACUGCAGCUAUAGGACGACAUCUCAGCAUCCUGGAAGUUCUGUUAGCUAGAAAAGGAAGAUUUGGAGCUAAGGACAUGGACGGAUGGAAAAAUCAAAAUAUUGAUGAGAGAAACGUUUGGAGAAAGACCGCACUGCAUAUUGCAGUGGAAUACGGACACGGCGACUUGAUAAAUCCAUUGCUGAGGCACGGUGCAGCCAUUAAUGCCUUAGAGAGCCACAAAGACACUCCAUGGCAUCGGGCGUGCAAGGCUGCUCAUUUUAAUGCUGCAAAUUCCCUUGGAAACUGGGCACAAGGAGAAAAGGCAAAUUUACCAGCCGCUAAUAGUCUCGAAAAGAUCCCACUGGAAGUUGCGGAAUUUAAUAAAACAGAAAAUCAGGUGCAAAUUGUAACACUUUUGAAAAAGAAAAUG